ACCGAGAGGCCGCCCCCGACUCCGCCCGAAGCUCGAACUGAACACAGGAAGCGGCCUCUAUCGGUUCCUGAGCCGGUUUUAUACGAGGAGCGGCCGCCGGUGACCAGGCCCGGAUCCGGGUGUAAAAAUAAGAAAAGUAAUAAGAAAAAAUACAGAUGAAUUUUGAUGAAGAUCUGAUGCCCAGGCUGUUGCCUGUGGAUGACUUUGAUACCAUUGAAGAUUUUGACCCGAGUGUGCCACCCAGAACGCAGGAGUACUUAAAAAGAGUCCAAAUUGAAGCAUCAAGAUGUCCUGAUGUAGUUGUGGCAAAAAUUGACCCAAAGAAAUUGCGAAGGAAUCAAACAGUGAAUGUAUCACUUUCGGGAUGUCAGCCUGCUCCUGUAGGAUUGUCUCCUAGUCUCAGAUGGCAACAACAACAAGUGGCCAAUUUUUCAGUCCUUCGACGGAGUAUAGACAGAUAUAGGGACCACUGGAAGUCGCAGCCUCUAGACGCUAAUGUAUUGCUGCCAAGACCGGAGGAUGAAGAAGGAUGGAAAAAAUUCUGUCUAGGGGAGAAAUUAUAUUGCUGCUCAUCUUUAUCCCAGAUCAUCAACAAAACUGAUUGCCCGGGAAUUGACUAUGUGCAGAUGGGAUUUCCUCCUUUAUUGAGUAUUGUCAGCAGGAUGAGUCAGUCUACAAUUUUGGUCGUAUUGGAAUAUCUGGUUAACUGGUUUGGUGAUAAGGAGUUUCACCCUGAACUAGGUAGAUGGUUAUAUGGCCUGCUGGCCUGCUUAGAAAAACCACUACUGCCCGAGGCACAUUCUCUUCUUCGACAGCUGGCUAGAAGGUGCUCUGAAGUUCGUGCUAAACUCGAAAAUCCAGAGGACGCAGGACUAUCAGCAUUGAAUUUACUCAUUUGUUUAGUUGCCAGGUAUUUUGAACAGAGUGACUUGGCGGAUAAUAAUUGACCUGGUUGGAAGAUUUCAAGAACCAGAGCUGAAUCUAUCAUUUUAAAUCUGGUCUUGUGCUUAACUUUUUUUACACACAAGUUCACUCAUUUUUAUUUCCUUGACACAAAUUUAAACAUCUUUCCUCAAUAACAGGUUUCAGAAUAUUAAACUGUCCAGAAGAAGGAGGUACAAAUCCACAAAAUGACUAUUUAGAAGUAACUGACAUCAGUAUUAGAAUGACUGAUUUUUGAUUUAAGUACUAUUUUUACAUGAAGUGGUCUGGAUCUGAUUUCAGUGUCAAAUUUUUUUUAAGAAAUAAACUUAUUUUAAAAAAAU